CGACUUAGCAGUUUUGACACAGGCUCAAGAACAGCGACUUAGUCUUGCCUAAGCAGUACCGGCGUAAGGUUCGAAUCUCACCACGCACCCUCACAAUGUCGAAAGUUAUUCGGAAGAUCGUGUCGUGCAGCAAGUGCCCCAGACCUUUGGCCCCUUACAGCCAAGCCAUCGUCGCCGACCGGACCGUGUACUGCUCGGGAAUGAUUGGAAUUGAGCUGAACGAGCCGAAACUGGUUCCGGGAGGAGCGGCCGCCCAGGCGGCCACGGCCCUCAAACACCUCACCAAUCUGCUUCGGGAGGCCAACUCGGGCAUUGAUAAGGUCGUCAAGACAACGGUUCUGCUGGCUGAUAUGCAAGACUACGCGGCCGUCAAUGAAGAGUACAAAAAAGUUUUUGGUAGCAACUUCCCGGCCAGAACUUGCUACGCAGUGACGAAGCUGCCUCUUGGGGCUGCCGUCGAAAUUGAAGCCAUCGCCAUCGUUGGGGACGUGGAGCACGUAGAAUCGGUUGAGCUCGGUUUGAAACUGUGAUUAUGGGGGAAGUUUGUUAAGUGAAUGGGAAAAGUUCUCAAAUAAAUAUACUCGAAACUA